GCGAGGAGAUUGGCGUCGUCCUCGCGUCGGUGAGCGUGACCGGAGGACCUUGGGCAUCGAAGGUGGCGGGGGAAGCAUUCGGGGCAGGGCGGUGUUCGGGAUCUCGUCGGUAUGGGCCCUCCUCCGGGUCCGCCCGGGGGAGGGGCGAAAUUGAGGCGCGGUACCACGGGUAUAGCCAAACCCAAAAUCCCGGCGUUGCAGCAGCGACAGAGGCGGGCCUAUCACGACACUGGGUUGGGCAAGGGGAAGUCGACGGCAGCUACCAAGGAAUACGAGGGAACCAAGAACGCGCGGGCGAAGAAGGUGGCCAGGGAUGAGCGGAGGGACAGGGAACGGGCGCGGGCAAGGCUGGAGCGCGAUGCGGAUUUCGCGGAGAUGUCAGACACGAUGAUGGACUACCUCGAGGACGAGUUCACCUCGGUGUUUCUCGCCAUACUGUACGCGUUCUCCAUCGUAUUCUUCAUCUUGGCUAUCGUGAGCAGGUGGUACGGGAGCAGGAAACCAAUUUGGGGCUGGAUCAUAGGCUUGUCUGUGCCGUGGUUCAUGGUCACCACAGCGUACCUAAUCGAGCCGAGGAUGGAACGGUGGACCGUGGACGGGAUAACAAAGUUCUACUUCCGCCUGCAGGAACUGAGCAGGAGUGACGCGGCGACGGUGCACGAGACGUUGGAGAAGUGGUGGGAGUGGCGAAAGGUGCAAAAACCGCCGAGGGUGUUUGGCGUCUAACUCACUCGGGAGGGAGGCCCGAGCAGAAAUAGGAAAAGUUUUUUUAGAAAAUAGCGGAAC